GGCGACCGAGUCCAACUGACAGUUUCAGGCUAAGAUCCCUCCCAACAUGCAGCGCUUUUCUGUUUGAAUGGCGCAAGUUCCACUCUGAUUCUGAAUGUAUUUUUCGGUUGAUGACGUUUAAAUAUUUUUAAUAAUUAUUUUAAAGUUCAUCUACUUUUUUUGUUACCGUUCGGCUAAAGUCGAAUUCAGUUCCAGGCUUGACACGUUUAUAAUGUGAUGCACGAGAAGCCAACAUGUAACGGUCCUUCCCUAUUAUGGCCUCUGGAGACCAUGGUGUCGACAAGUUUGAGCACCGGUUUCAUGAAGAUGCCCAACCCUGCGAGCUCAAAAAAGGGAUACGGUCUGCAAGUGGCAAGACCAUGAAGGAGGUGGAUUAUUUUAAAAAGGAGGAAAUAAAUAAGAAGAGAUCUCCAGUGGGCCGUACCGCGCAAAACUCUGGCAAAGUAAAGAAAGUGGUGUCCUCCAAAAGGAAGGGACGUCAGGUGACUGUGUGCCCUGGGGGCAGACGGAAGCCAUCCCCAGCUGUUGGGAGCUGUGACAUGGCAAACAAGGAAAAUGAGCUGGCAUGUGAUGAAGACCUCCAUCAAGGGCUCUUCUGCAGGCAGCCCCUGAACCAGCCAGAGGUCACCAAAAUGGAUGGACCUGGGUCCAAGUACAGUGACCACUUCACCGAGCUUUCAAAGGAUCAUGAUGCAAUGACCCAAGUGCUUUUUGGAAGAAAUCUCAGGCUUAACGUUGCUUUGACUCUGUGGCGAAGGAACGCAGGCGAACUAGUUGCAUACCUUCUCAGAAUCCAGGACACUGGUGUGCUUGUUGACUGUUUACCUGUAAUCACAAAAAGUCUUCAAGAGGAAAAGCCAGCAAUAUCCAUUGGCUGUUGUGUAGACCUUCUACCUUUAGUGAAAACGCUUCUUACAAGUCAAUAUGAAGAGUACCUGGUAGUCGGUUUACAUUGGGUUCAGUCCGUUUUGAGGAGGUGGUGGCCAGAACUGUCUGUGAACGGGAGGACGGCUCGCGACAGCCAUUCAGACGAUAAGAACAUUCAUGUGAUGAAGCAGCAGUUACAAGAAUUAUGGGAACAUGGCUCAAAAUUAAUUUUUCUUCCUGGAACUACGGGUGAAGUGGCGAAGGCAGUAGAGUCAUACUUGUCGCAGCUGCGCUGAGGCAGAAAUGUAGCACAAUGGGGCUCGGACCACUCCAAGCACUUGACAGCGGUUUCCAAAGCUGCUUUUCAACUCCUACACUAAUUCUGAGGCCGGAGCGACUGGACCUCGGAAGCACGACACAGCAGUGGACUUGAAGGACUGAGCAUCACUUUGACGAUGCAUAAUCUGUGUUUUUUUUUUUUAGAACUGAUAUGGGGUGGGGGGGGUACCUGCAAACUACGACGACCUACUUCACAUUGAAGUGGGCUGUUUGCUUAGGGGCAUGCACUGGACUCUGAGGUGCCAGAGGCUCGAGCUCAAUUAAAGUGCCAAGCUCUCGCUCCACCACAGCACUGUUCUUCUGUCGUGUUUUUGUAGAGAUGAAUGUAAUUAAUGUUCCUAGUCUUUUUCUGCUCCCCCCCUUCCUUGAAAUCAAGAACUUGAACAGCAACAGUCUUAAAUUAUUAGACUUUUCAUGUGCUUGUUCAUAAUUAAAAUCUUGGACUGUAAUGUAUAUAAGAUUUUAUUUUAAUCGAAUAUUAAAUAAAUUUGCAAUG